AUGGCGGACCAGGAACAACAGCAACAGCUGCCCGAGGCGCCGUUCCCUGCACCACCUCCCUUCUGGAAACAUUUCACGGUCGCCAACGAAGAUCGGCUGAAGCAGAUCGAAGCUACCGAAGGCUCAUCACCAGCCAAACUACCCCUUCCUUUGGCAUAUCUACGACCUCCUCCUGCGCCUCCGGCAUCGGCGGAAUACUACACCACUUUCGGACAGAAGCAAGUCAUCGAUCCUACGAAGCCUUCGUCGUUACCGAGGGAGCAACUCCUGUUUAACCCGGAUGACCCGAACCUCAACCAUGCCGUCCUCCUAAGCCGUCUCACCAAAUCACUCCUGCUCAAUUUCCUCGAGCUGACCAGCAUUCUUUCACUCGACCCUACAAAACACGUGGAGAAGAUGGAGGACAUCAGACAGCUGGUGCUCAAUAUCCACGUCGUGAUCAACAUGUACCGUCCGCAUCAGGCUCGCGAAAGUGUCAAAGAGAUGCUGGAGGAGGUCCUUGUGAACGGACAGAAAGAGAUCGACGAAUGCGACCGACUGAAAGAGAGAGUUGAUGGUUUUCUACGAAGUGUGGGUGAACUCAAGACCGCCCACGCGACAGAUGGUCAAUUACCUGCCGACGGUUCUCCCGCACCACAAGCUACCGACAAUGCGAAACUGGAGGAGCAGCGAAAACUGUGGAAACUAAUUCAUGAAACGACUGAUUGA